ACAGUUGACAGACCGAAGGACUGGUAUAAGACAAUGUUUAAGCAAAUUCACAUGGUGCACAAGCCUGAUGAUGACACAGACAUGUAUAAUACUCCUUAUACCUAUAAUGCAGGCCUAUACAACUCACCCUAUAGUGCUCAGUCACAUCCUGCAGCGAAGACCCAGACCUACAGACCCCUGUCCAAAAGUCACUCUGACAACGGCCCAGAUGUCUUUAAGGAUGCCUCCUCCCCGGUCCCGCCCCCACAUGUUCCUCCUCCAGUUCCUCCACUUCAACCCAGAUAUCGGUCUUCAACGGAAAAGCAUGACUGGGAUCCUCCAGACAGAAAAGUGGACACAAGAAAAUUUCGUUCCGAGCCAAGUAUUUUUGAAUAUGAACCUGGGAAGUCGUCAAUUCUACAGCAUGAAAGACCAGUUAUCAAGCCUCAAGUUUGCUGAUUGAUUGUCAAUCUA